GACUGUCGCGGCUCCACCUGGGGCUCUCCGAGUGCGAGAUCGGUGCGGAAGCCGUGCAGUGCCUGGCCAAGGCGCUGCCAGGUCGAGUUGCCGACCUCCAUCUCGGCCUGCGCGGCUGCGGGCUCGGAGCCGGAGGCGCGCGCGCCCUGGCCGCCGCGCUGCCGCGCCUCUCGGCGUGCGCGGCCCUGUGCCUCGACCUUGCAG